AAUUUGGUCUUGCUGGGCGUGGACCUCUAACAGUCCUGGAAAGGAAGAGAAGCAGAGCAGCAGAGUCUGGGGGAAAAUAUCUUCUCUCACAUACCACACCGAUCUCCUGCUGAAGAAAAGCCCACUAGAGAAGAAAGACAGACGGAAAAGGGGUUUCCAAGAACUAGGAAGACCAGGCGUGUUUUCCUGCACCAAUCAGUGAAAGGCAUUUAUGAUUUCCACCCUGCACACCAUUGGAGCAUUGGGCCAACUUAUUUGAUUAAAUCUUAUUGCUUGAAAGAAAUCAUUAUCCAUUUCCAAUCAUGCCUUUGGUAGUGCUGCAGACCUCACGCCUGAUGUGGUCCCGUCUGGCUGCGCUGGUGUUCACAUGUGUGGCAUUCAGCGUAGCUGCUCACGGGGCGUAUGCACGUGGCGGCAUGUUUGACUGGUGCAUGUUCUGCUGGGUGUUCAGCUUCGUGGGCACACUGUUGGUGCUACUCGUGGAAAUCAUGAGCCUUCAAGCGCGGAUGCCUGUCUCAUGGACCAACUUUCCUAUCACGCUGGCAUGUUAUGCAGGUCUACUGUGCCUUUCCGCUUCCAUCAUCUUCCCAAUGUACUUCCUAAAGAAUACCUACUCCGGCUAUACCAGUGAUACACGUGAUUACAGGAUCGUCAGCACUGUUUUCUCCUGCCUGGCUACAGUGGCGUACCUAGUGGAGGUGAGCAUGACGCGGGCACGGCCUGGUGAAGUGGCUGCCUACAUGGCGACAGUGCCCGGCCUCCUGAAAGUCUGCGAGACCUUCGUAGCCAGUGUUAUUUUUGUGUUUAUCAGUAAUCCCAUGUCGUACGAUCAUCACCCAGGAUUGAAAUGGUGCAUGGCUGUGUACUGUAUCUGUUUCAUCAUAUCCGCCGCUAUUGUAGUGAUGUGCGUCGGAGAGUGUACCGGCUUCCUUCCGUUCCCGUUCGCCCGUUUCCUCUCUGCUUACGCCUUUUUGGCCGUUGUAAUGUACCUCAGCGCUACCAUCAUCUGGCCCGUGUUCCAGUUCGAUAGUAAAUACAACAGACAGUCUCAAAGGCCACGAGAUUGUGGUUACACUCAGGAACCCUGCAGCUGGGAUAAACUAGUGAUCAUAGCUGUUCUGACAGGUCUUAACUUCCUGCUCUAUUUGGCAGACCUUGUGUACUCAGCACGUCUCGUGUUUGUCCGUACUUGAAAGGUCGAAACGACAAGAAGAACCAGUGAAUGUUUUAUCUUUUCAAAAAUGGGAUGUUCCAGUAGUCAAUUUCCAUAUCACGAAAUUUCCUCUAUAAAACAAAUUGGAAUGAUGGCAUCUGAGUGGAAAUUUGGCCAAAAAUAGGGAAAGAAAAUAAAAACAAGACAUUGGAUGGUUAUUAAAAAACAUAUCUGCUGAUAAAUUUGAAUAAUGUUUGUAAUGUUUGUGUUUUUUUAUUCCAGUCCAAAAAAGCUGUAGAUAUAAAUGAUUCCUUCUCAAGCUUGUGAAGGAAAAAACAUAUAUCUGAGACACAUUUUCAGUAAAUCGGUAAAUCUGGCAACGUGUUGUCAUUUCAAUCUAACUAAAAAAUAAUUAGUUUAUUUUUUAAUUAAUUUCAUUGCUAUUUAGCUUACUUCUAAUAGUACAGCUUCAAUAUAUGAAGCUAGGAAUCUGGCAUAAGCAGGCUAGUUUACCUUGUUACUAGCGUGCCAUUAGGCUGCUAGCUAGGCACCUUUAGCAUGUCAGUCACACCUCAUUUCUAGUCAAUAUACAUUUGUGCCUUUUCCUGGCAGUUUUUUAAACACCAAAUUUUGCCAAAAUGAUGUCGAAUGCCACAACUAAGCAAGAUUCUUUCUCAGAUUUAAACUGCGCUCAAGCUAGCAGGAACUGCCUAGCGAGAAUGUUACUAAAAUUAUCAUUGUUUCACAAGAUAAUUCCCAGCAUUUGUCCCUUUCUGGAUGUCACCGUAUAUUUUCCCAUGUAUUGUGUGCCUUUAAAUAUCGUGAUCGAAUUAAUUAUUAGUGAAUUGCCUACCACUGUCAACCACUGUUGCCUUUUGUGAAAGAUCCACAUGAUUAACUGUGCCUGUGUGUAUUUGUGCUGUUUUGAUGCGAAAAUCUAUAUCUAUCUCUCGUCAUAUAUCUUUGCCUCACAAUGUUGCUUUUUUUCACUGUUACCUUUACGUGAGAGAUUUACACAUCGGUGUGCUGUCAGAAACUGAACCCUGUACCUAUAAUAAUUAUCAUAAACACAAGUUUUGUGCUUAAUAACCAGUAUUCAGUGACUGAAUUUAAAAUUUUGUAUUCAUCCUAUGCACUACCCUGCUGGGAAAAACAACACAUUAGGAUUAGAAAAGUGUUUAUGGUUUCCUUACAGUAAUGGACCUUAAUAAUGGGAUUUCAACGAGUUUCCUUAUUUUCCUGAAAGGCUCCGUUUUGGGUUACUACAAAGUGCCAACAGAAAACAUAUUGUGCCUUUAAUAUACAAAUGAUCACCAUUAGAAUAAUAUUAAAUAAGAUUUCCAAUACUAUUAGAGACAUCUCUAUCCAUUAAACUACCAUUACACACCACCAUAAAUGUAUUCAGACCAUUUUAUUCCCAGUAGGGUCUUGUUUGUUUCAGUGUUAAGUGAAUUGAAAUGUCACAUUUUAACUUGUGGCCCUUUGCUCCAUUUAUAUAAUUAAAUAUAUAACUGUCAUAAAGUUUUGCAUUUGGA